AUGCCAGCUGCUGAUGAUGAGUACACCCAUGAUAAUAUCAACAUACAAGAAAUACGAAAAGACUUAUAUGAGUGUGCUAUAUGUAAGAAAACAUUUCUUUACAAAAGUUGGCUUGCCCUACACAUCACCAAACAUAUGGAGCCAACACAUUUUUGUGAAAAGUGUGAUCAUGUGUUUGGCAGAAAAGAUGCACUUAAGAGACAUAUACAAAUAAACACAAUAAAAAAAGAUAUCCUUGAUAUGAAUUCUUAA